UAAAAGGGAACAAACUGCUGCCGCUCAGCUGUCCCAGCUCCAGCUCCUCUUGUCCCGUCUGUGAGGGUGCGGCACCGCACUGCUUGGCUUUUUUGCUCCUCUCACCCCACCUCUUCUCCAUCGCAGCAUAUCGGUGGAGCAUGGAAACAAAACCAGCUGCAUAAAAGUUACUUUCAUGGAAAGAAGGGCUCAAAUUACAGGAACAUGGGGUAUGGCCAAAUCCUCCACCAACAUGGAAAAGAGGAGAACCAGGUCAACCUCAACGUGGGAGGGGUACACCACAAAGUGGACCCGGACAUGUUAUUCCGUUUCCCUCAGACACGCCUGGCUCGUCUGGUGCGCUGUCAAAGCGAAGUAGCAAUCCUGGAGCUUUGCGAUGACUAUAGCCCAACCGAGAGGGAGUAUUACUUCGACAGGAAUCCUCGGGUUUUCCUCUGCGUGCUCAACUUCUAUCACACGGGCCACAUCCACAUGAUGGAGGAGUUCUGCAUUUUUUCCUUCAGUCAGGAAAUUGAGUACUGGGGCAUCCAUGAGGUGCACCUCAGCCCUUGCUGCAACACCUGGUACCAUGAGAGAAAGGAAUACAUCGAGGACAAAGACUGGGACAUCCGGAGCGAUGAGCAAGAGCCAAGCUUUGAUUCUUCCUUCGAGGAACUCUCUGCUCUCGAUAAGGACCUGGCCAAGUUUAAAGGGGCAUGGUGUGGAGAAGUAAGAAGCUACAUCUGGUUGAGACUGGAGGAUCCCGCUCACUCUAGAGCUUCAAAGGUUAUUGCCAUUGCUUCCCUCUGUGUAGUGUUGACCUCUAUCUUUGCCAUGUGUGUCCACAGCAUGCCUGAAUUUCAGCAGGUAGACGACAAUGACCGACCCAUUGAGGACCCUGUCCUCACCAUCCUGGAGGAGAUAUGCAUUGCCUGCUUCUCUGCAGAGUUCGUCAUCAGGUUAAUUGUAGCUCCAUCCAGGAGGAAGUUCCUUGGAAACCCUCUGAACAUCAUUGAUGUUGCAUCUAUUUUGCCAUUUUACGUCACUUUAGCUCUGGAGAAAUCUGACGAAGAGAACAUAGAGGAUAACGAGGACCUGGAAAAUGUUGGGCGGGUGGUGCAGGUUCUGCGACUCAUGAGGGUUCUUAGAAUCCUCAAGCUGGCCCGUCAUUCAAUUGGACUACGAGCUCUGGGUGCAACCGUCCGCCACAGCUACGAAGAGGUCGGUCUGCUCAUUCUCUUCCUCUCAGUGGGAAUCUCCGUGUUUUCCGCCCUCAUCUACUUUGCAGAGAAAGAGGAGAAGCACACAGAUUUGGGGACUAUACCUUCAGGUUGGUGGUGGGCCAUGAUCACGAUGACCACAGUGGGUUAUGGUGACACUUGCCCCGUUACAGCGGCAGGAAAGGUAGUGGCCACUUUAUGCAUCAUCUGUGGCCUGUUAGUGGUGGCUCUGCCCAUCUCUGUGAUCUUUAAUAAAUUUUCAAAAUACUACCAGCGGAACAAAGCUAUGGAUAUACGGUGUAUCACAAAGCCUGAAAGAAAAGACCCAGAACUCCCGUAUUAUAAUAUCAGACAGCUGUUCACAGGUAGUGUGUAUCCCUUUAUAGGAAGUCUAGCCUUCAGGAACAGUGUGAGCAGCAGAGAGGACGACACUGAAGCCUCCAGCCUCCAGGACAUUGAAUUGUAUGAUAAUGGCACUUGUGAAAAUGGGCCUGCUAAAUGAGAUUCCUGCCAUUUCACAAAGUAUCAUUCUUUAUGACAGCAAGUCACUCUGUGCCUCCGGGGGCAGCGCGUACUAUCACUUACCUUGCCUUCCCGCACCGUCCUCCUUCCUCCUGUGGUUUGACAGAGAAAUAUGUUGGCCGAGAACUUUUUUGUGUGUCAGUAAAAUGUACUGUCACUAAAACUGGGAAAUCUAAAGGGAAUUAUAUGCACCCUCCUCAGAGGUUUGAAAGCCCAUUUUCUGCUCGAGAAAACUGCAAUGAUGCAUGUAGGAGGCCAUAAUGUUAAUGUUUUCAAAGUAAUGUUGUUUAUUGAUUUCCUCUGCUCGCUGAAAGUUCAGACGCCAGAUGUGAGAGCCUAGAGUGACAGAAGCACAGUUUGCAGCUUGCAUGGCCCAAAUUGAAAUGCGUUUUUGGAAAGCAAAACAUUAAAAUGCCUGUAGGAAAUAUAAAGUAAGAUAAGACUGAUUGAGAGAAAAUGCACAUCUCUCUCAGAGCACUGUGAACGCACAGUUUUUUGGGGGGAACUCCUGUGAGCAUGAAAUAAAAUUCCCAUUUUAUCUGGA